CAGAUUCUUUAAUGCAAUACAACUCAAUAUUGUCCAAUUGUUACUAUUAAAAACAUUUUACGGAGCAUAAAUGACGGCCAGUCUGGUUCCUCUCAUUAUCUGGGGUUGAUCACGGAAUUUCCACCAAAUCCAUGCCGUUCCGCAACUGGAAAAAAAGGCGACGCAACGAUGGAAACACGUGUACGCGCAUCUUCAACAUCAUCAUCAUCUUACAGUUUUCAAGUGGUAGUUUUUGUUUUCUGUGAAAGUGAUUAACAACAGCAAUUACAUAAUUGGAUUACCUAUCUACUAUAUAACACAUUCGACGUAUUUUUAUCACGUACAAUACUUUCAAGAUAUUGCGGAGGCGGCAUGAAAAUAUUUACAGGAUUUGAAAAAAAAAAGAUGAAUCCUGCGUAAACGAAAGAGUAUUUAGAUGCACGAUGGAAACGAAAACAACGGAAAAUGUAAAUAUAAGCAUGUAACCAAAAUGUAUUCGCUGUUGAUGAUGCGUGCGACGCUAGUGGAUGGAAAAGCUGAAAAUAAAUAGGUAAAAUAUUACGGCAAAAUAUUACGUUCACGCACUCCGCGAAGGAGUCGAGGUUGGUGUACGAAAACUGUACCAAAGCCGAACACUUUUCGUCAAAUUUAAUUUUGUUUUGGUUGGUGCGCACACGAACUGCAAUUAACGCCCGUCACGUCAAUCUAAAUUAGUAUCAGUACCGAGUGCCAGAACACACCAAAAAAUCAAAUAAUGGAUGGACUGUGCCACGAGACCGAGAAAAUUAUUGAAAAUCACCUGAGAAGAAGAGGAAUCUGGAAGGAUGAGAAACUCUGGGAAGUCGGAAAGUCGAGGUUCAGCGGAAGAGGAGUGUACGCGACGCGCGACAUCCAACCAGGUGAAAUUAUUUUCGUCGAUUCGCCUGUGAUUUUAGGGCCAAGGGCGAUACCUGAAAACACAUGCGUCUCAUGUUACAAUGAUACUAACAUCGUGCUCUGUCCAAUGUCGUGUGGCCUUUACUUGUGUCCAUCCUGUUUGGACGGAGAUAAGCAUUCUCAGGAAUGUGCUAAGAUAAACUCUUGGAAAACUGAAAAGUCUUUCGUUACCGAUAGAAUGAUGAUAUGCUUGGCACCGAUACGAAGUUUGUUUCUCGACGAUUCCGAUCGGGAAUCGAUCUCGAUGCUGGAGGCGCACCGGGAACCGCAGCACGGAAUCGAGGUGGAUCUCAUGAAGAAAAAGAUGCUUUUGGAAUUAUGCGAUGAGGAAGAGAAUUGGAUUCGACUCACAUGCGCCGUUCUGGACGCCAACUCCUUCGAAGUCCUUCCGAAAACGGGACCAACUUUGAGAGGACUCUUUCCGCUCUCGAGUCUCCUCAACCAUUCUUGCGUUCCCAACGUUAUGCACGUCUUCGACGAAGAUCAUCACAUGAUCCUGAAAGCAGCGAAACCUAUCAAGAAAGGUGAAGAAAUAUUCCUCACAUACUCAAGAAUCCUCUGGUGUACUUUGAGCAGACGCACUCAUCUAUUGAGAACCAAACACUUUGCUUGCGAAUGCCCCAGAUGCCAUGAUCCCACCGAAUUCGGAACGAACCUCAGCGCCAUGCUCUGCGAAUCCUGCUCCGGUUUCGUUCUACCCAAAAAUCCGCUCAUCUUCAACGGAGUCUGGACCUGCAACUCUUGCGAUCGGCAAGUCGAGGAAAGUAAAAUCGCUUUCAUAAUGUCCGUUUUAGCUAAAAGAUUCAGCGACGUCGACGAAGAUCACAUGAAAAGCUUCGAUCUGUUCCGAUCCAAAUCAGAAAAGAUCAUACCGAAAUGCAAUCAGGUCUCAUUGGAAUUCAUGUACAGGACUAUCUGGAUUUUAGGAGGUGCAGAACUGUCGGACGAGCAUUUUCAAAUCAAGGGCGAAUGCUUGAAAUACGUUCUGGACGUUCUGAUGAAACUCGACGUGGGCGCAAGUAAAAUGCGCGGAUUGCUGCUGCACGAGUUGUACAAAUGCCAAAAGGAGCUUAUUUCUAGAGGAAUCGUAAUGGAUGAAAAAUUCAACGAAGAUGAGAUACUCGAAGAAGCUGCAGAAAUAUACAUGUUCGACGUUUCGGCGCCUGAAAUCAUUAAGAACGUAUGGAAAAAGAAAAAUUUAUCUACAGACUGGAAUGAUUACUUUUUUUAA